AUUAAUGAAUAAAGAUAAAUAUAAGAAGGUAAAAGGAGAUCCAAAUCGUUCUAGGUCAAGAGAUAAAGAAAAGAAUGAUGUACUUAGAUUUCCUCCAAUUAAUUAAGAAUAAUUUAGAGCUGUGGUUAUUGAGUUUAUGUUAAGUGAUUAAUUUGAUUACCCAAUAUCAGGUGGUGAAUUGUAUACUUACAUAAACACAAUAUUUUUGGUAUUAUAUAGAGUGAUUUAUUUAAGACUAAGACAAGUACUCCAUAUUUAAGAAAUCUAUAAAUUGAACCAAUCUUAAUUUAGUUAUCUGAAGCUGGAGCUAUAAAUCUAUCUAAACUUGCAGUAGGAACAUAUUUAUAAGAUUUCAUUUUAUCAAUCUCAAAAGAGAAGUUAGGAUAAAUGAAUAUCUAAUAUUCAAAGGAUAAACCAAAAUAAAUGCCAACAGUUGAAGAAUGGAUUAAAGAAGAAAUUAGAUCAAUUACAAGUGGAUAAACAUUCUUAAAAAUUGAUCAUUUAUUAGAUGAAGCAAGAAAUCAAAAGACUAAUAUUAGUUUAUUACCUAAGAUAGCUGCUUAAAAAAAAAGAUUAAUUGAAAAUGUAGGAAAUAUAAGUUUAAAAUAUGAAGAUAAUGUUGUUUAAUUGGCUUUAGAGAGAAAAAGAGCAGCAUUAUUGAAAACUGAAAAUUAUGAUGAGGAAGAAGCAAAAAGAAAAUUUACAGAAAGAGGUUUAUAAAUAUGUGAAAAUUUCACAAGAGAUAAAUGUAGAAAUGCUUAAUGUUAAAAAACACAUUUUAGAAAGAUACUAAAAGCAAAUACAUAAACAAAAUUAGGUAAUUGUACUUAUUUAGAUUAAUGUCCUGAAUAAGAAUAAUGUAAAUUUAUUCAUUAUAUUCUGGAUGGAAAUGAUGUAGAUUGGUAAAAAAGAAUUUAAACGGCUUUAUCUAAUCAUAAAAGUAUGGCACCAUAAUGGAUAAAUUGUGAUCUAAGAAUUUUUGAUUUUAGAGUACUUGGUAAAUUUGAUGUAAUAAUGGCUGAUCCACCUUGGGACAUUCAUAUGAAUUUACCAUAUGGAACUUUAAAAGAUAAGGAAAUGAAAGCAUUAAGGGUUGAUUUAUUAUAAAAUGAUGGAAUCAUAUUUUUAUGGGUUACAGGUAGAGCAAUGGAAUUAGGACGAGAAUGUUUGAUUCUUUGGGGUUAUAGAAGAGUUGAAGAAUUAGUUUGGAUCAAAGUUAAUUAAUUACAUCGUAUUAUUAGAACAGGAAGAACAGGACAUUGGCUUAAUCAUAGCAAGGUAACUUAUUAUAUUUUUCAUAGGAACAUUGUUUAAUUGGAAUUAAAGGAAAUCCUUAAUUAAUUAAAGGAUUAGAUUGUGAUGUUAUUGUCUCUGAAGUUAGAGAAACAUCCAGAAAACCUGAUGAAGUUUAUGGUAUUAUCAAUAGAAUGUGUCCAAAUGGUAAAAAAGUAGAAUUGUUUGGCAGACCUCAUAAUUGCAGACCAAAUUGGAUUACUCUAGGUAAUCAGCUUCCAGGAGUUUAUCUCAAAGAUGAUGGAAUUAGAUAAAGGUAUUAUAUCUUAAUAUAUUUAUUAUUAUAGAUUUAUGGAAGCUUAUCCAAGUGUAGAUAUUUCAGAAAAUAAUAUGAAUGAUAAUUUGGUCUAAAUGUCAAACUAAGAAAAUUUAAAUGUAAUCUAUAACAAUCAUAUCGGUAAAAAAGAAUGA